AUGUCUUUCUUGAAUAAAGCGCCGGCCAACUUUCUCAACCUUGUCCAGUCAGUGCUCGAUUCAUCAUCCAUGGAGGCUGGCGCUGAGAAUAUGAUGACACCUGACUCCCCAGAGACUGAGAACUCUUUACUGAAGUCGAUGCGUUUAUUGACUAUGGAUAUUUUUGCUCACUGGCUGGUGCUUGUCAUGUUAUUGGACGGCGUAUGGUGGAUUGGUGGCAUUGGACAAUGGGAGCUGGGGCGAGUUAUUGCUUUAAUGAAGCCUCAGGUUUCGCUCCACCAGCCCAUAGAUACCAGGGAAACCUGGUGGCCCGAAAGCAUGCACUGUGUGAAGCUGGAACUUGCUUCCAAUUAG